CUUGCCGAAAGAGUGUCCACAGCAGCUACUCGCGCAAGACAUCCGAGGUGAAAGCACUUGGAGAGCUCGCCGACGAGAUUAUUGCGUCCAGCCGAGGAACCGACCGGCAACCGCCUUCGCGAUCGAGCACGAUUCCGCCGGAGUCGUGGAUGAGCGCUCCUUCUCGGAGUACCACCGUUUUGGACGCCAACGCUGCACCUUUCGUUAUUGGAUGCGCAGCUAUGGGCGCAGAGAACAAUGGUACUCUACUUGAGACAGCAUCUUCACGGCCAGCACAAAACUACCCUUCGACCGCAACAUCUACAACCUUUGGCACGGGUUUCGGUCGAAGUAAGAAAGCAGUGCUGUCAUACGGUGUUUUUUCCAAAGAGGCGGCAGGCUUAUCUUCUACGAAAGGUACUACCGCUGCCAACGCUGAUCAGACGGCAAAGACAGGUACCAGCUCGAACGGUGACGGGGCAAGUGAUGGGUUUCGAUAUUCAGUGGAAAACUACAAUACUAGCGACACGACCAGCGGUGCAGCCGAUGGAGUGGGCUUGCGUGAC